AUGUAUAAAGAUCAUUCGAUAACUCAAAACAAUAGUUUAUCAAAAAACCGGUAUAAUGAACAAAAUCAUCGUCUUCAUUCAACAGAAACCACAAGUCAUGCUAAAAAAAGUGAAUCAACUAAUGGUAUUUCAUUAAAUUCAUCAUUUUUUUUAACUGAUAUCGAUCAUUCUUGUUUAUCACACAUUCAAGAUGCUUAUCUUUAUGCAUUACAAUCAAAUCGAUCAGCUUCAUCUGUUAUAUCAUUGGAUGAAUCAUUAAAUAAAACAUUUUCAUAUAUUGAUUUAAUUGAAAUAGAAAAAUUUAUUCCAAUAAAACUGAUUAGUUUUCUUCGAUUAAUUCCAGAAUUUGAGUCAUUAUGUGAUCAAGAUCGUUUCGCACUUAUUAAAUAUAAUUUUCUUCCAUUACUUAUAUUACGAGAUGCUUUAAUAUUUGAUUUAAAUAGUGAUCUAUUAUAUGAUGAUACUGGAUCAAUAUCAAUAUCAUCAAAAGAUGAAAUCUUUGCUCAGUAUCAUAAAAGUUUAAAUAUUUUAUUUUAUGGUUAUAAAGCAACACAAGAAUAUCUAUCUAUUCUUCGUUCAAUUGUUAAUAUUAUUGAUAAUGAUAGAUUGAUUAUUCAAAUACUUAUGCUUGUAUUAAUAUUUCUAAAAGGUGUUUCAAUAAAUGAUGAACAAAUUUGGAUAUUGUUCGAUCCUCAAAAUGUAUUGAAUGCACAUUUAAAAUAUGUUGAUUUACUUUUUCGUUAUUUAACUGAUCGUUUUUCAUUUGAUAUAGCAGUGAUUAAAAUGAUACGUCUUAUUAGUGAUUUAUUUAAAGUUCAAAAAAAUGCACAAGAUUAUCGAGAAAAAUUAAAAAAACAAGACAAAAUAAUUGAACUGGAUCCAUUGAUGAAAUCCCUUAUUGGUGUUACAUAA